GAAUAUAUUACUGAGGCGAAGAUGCUCAGUGAGUAUGAUGGCUAUGAUGAACACGGCAUUGCGGAGAUGCCGUUGAAGGAAGUGGGGACACCAAUAUGGCGCCGCAUAGCUCAGCACGUCGAGCGCAUCAGAUCCCAGGCCGCCCAAGAGGGCGAG